GAAGUGUUGAGAGAAGCCGGGGUGUAACCAAGGGACAGUCUGCCGGGUAUAGUGGGAUAGGUUGCUUGUAAAGGACAGUACGAGGAGUUAUUCUUGGUGAUCAGUGACCAUGGCUACCGGAGCAAAAUUAGCCGUCCUCAGCGUGUCUGACAAGACGGGCGUGGUGGAGUUAGCGCGUGGUUUGGCCGCCGCGGGACUCAAGCUGGUGGCUUCAGGAGGCACCGCCACGAAGCUCCGGGAGGCGGGACUGGAGGUGUCGGACGUGGGGACUGUCACUGGGGCCCCGGAGAUGCUUGGUGGGCGGGUGAAGACUCUGCACCCAGUCAUCCACGGGGGAAUCCUUGCCAGGGACACCAAUCCUUCUGACCUCGCUGAUCUCGCCGCCCGGAGCAUCUCUCUCAUCCAGGUGGUGGUGUGUAACCUGUACCCCUUCGUGCGCACUGUGAGCCGGGAAGGGGUGACUGUGGAGGAGGCUGUGGAGAACAUUGACAUCGGCGGCGUGACUCUCCUUCGUGCUGCUGCCAAGAACCACUCCCGGGUCACUGUCCUCUGCGACCCCGGGGACUACACUCGCGUCCUGGGGGAGAUACAGGGGGCUUCAAGGGACACGGCUCCUGCUACUAGGCAGGAGUUGGCGCUGAAAGCCUUCACACACACAGCACAGUAUGACGACCACAUCAGUGACUACUUCAGGAAGACCUUCUCUGCUGGCGUGUCCCAACUGACGCUUCGCUACGGCAUGAAUCCCCACCAGAAGCCUGCGCAGGUCUUCACGCAGGGGGCCAAGCUGCCUCUCACUGUGGUGAACGGUUCCCCGGGUUUCAUCAACCUGUGUGACGCCCUGAACGCCUGGCAGCUGGUGAGAGAGCUGAGAGCUGCCCUGAGCCUGCCAGCCGCCGCCUCCUUCAAGCACGUGUCACCCGCCGGCGCAGCUGUGGGUGUGCCGCUUGACGAGACAGAGGCCCAAGUGUGCAUGGUGGACGACCUGGGCCCGCUGACUCCCCUGGCCACGGCUUACGCCAGGGCAAGGGGCGCCGAUCGGAUGUCCUCGUUUGGUGACUUCGUGGCGCUGUCUGACGAGUGUGACGCCCUAACGGCACGCAUCAUUUCCCGGGAGGUGUCUGAUGGUGUGGUGGCGCCAGGCUACACCCCCGAGGCCCUGGAACUGCUGCAGAAGAAGAAGGGAGGGAAGUACUGCGUGUUGCAAAUGGACCCUAGCUACGAGGGCGGCCAGCAGGAGCGGCGUACCAUCUUCGGGCUGACUCUGGAGCAGCGCAGUAACGAUGCUGUCAUCACCCCGGACCUCCUCACCAACAUUGUCACCAAGAACAAGGAGGUAAGUCAUGGUUCUUCUCCAUUCAUAGUUCAAUUUCCUUCUUCAUCAUUUUCUUCUUCAUCUUCUUCUUUUUCUUCAUCUUUUUUUAGGGUAACUAUUGCUGUGUGUGUGUGUGUGUGUGUGUGUGUGUGGUGGUGGUUCUGCAGGUGGAUGCGUCACCACCCUCGCGUUCUGGGGCUGAAAUUCAAGGCUGGGGUGAAGAGGGCUGAGAAAUCCAACGCCAUUGACAACUACGUAGGCGGGACUGUGGGUAAAGAUAUGCCGGAGUCAGAGUUCGCUGCGGUGCUGGAGGAGGUGCCGCCGCCCUUGAGUCAGGCUGAGCGGGACGAAUGGACGCAGCAGCUGAAGGGCGUCUCUCUCUCCUCAGACGCCUUCUUCCCCUUCAGAGACAACGUGGACAGGGCUAGACAGAGCGGUGUGGAGUACAUAGUGAGCCCUGCCGGGUCCACCAACGAUGAGCUGGUGGCGGAGGCGUGCAAUGAAAGCAAUAUGGUUCUCGUUCAUUCCAAUCUGCGUCUGUUCCAUCACUAAAUCUUGCCCUUCUUUCCUCUUCCUCUUUUUUUUCGUUCCUUUUCUUUUUUCUUUUCUCCUUUUUCCUUCUUUCUUCCUUCUUUCUUUUCUUUCUCUCUUCCUCUUGUUCUUGUUCUUUCUUUUUUCU